AACAACGUUGUUGUCGCAGCAAGAUAACAACUGAUGAGAAGUACGGCGGACAUGGAUUAUUCCUCCAUGACAAGUGUGUACUCUCUCCUGACCUGCAGAUACCCUGAUGGACCAACGAAGCAGUAGUGGAUAUACUAGCAGUCAAGAAUUCUCUGUAAAAAGCAAAUGCGGUUCUUCCAAGAGGAUGGCGAGAUCAUUGGUGGCGGUGGAGCUUCACCUUCUGCCCCAUGAUGUGCUGCGUGAUAUACUGUCGCGGUUAUCAAUCAGAGAUGUCGUGAUCUCUCGUGAAUGGAGACAGCUAAGGAUCUGCCACCCAGACCUGGUGCUCACCCUAUACACCUUCUUAGCCAGGACCCAGGAUUUGUUUGUAGUUGUCACUAACCAGGAAACUGAGACUACUGAAUUCAUCACCAAUGUGAACAAUCUAUUGCGCCCACUGUGGUCUACUUCUACUACAACUACGACUACGCUGGACAAGUUUGCUGUCGAAUUUGGGCUUCGCAGAAAGCACCAGUAUCACAUUCAUAGAUGGGUUAACUUCGCCACCACGUCAAGGGCUAAGCACAUUGCUCUAGAUUUCACAGAAUUCACUUUCUUCGACUCUACGUGUUGCAAGAACAUGUAUAUUUUCCCUCUGUGCAAAUUCAGUGGUCAAAACGGCUCUUGUGUCAAGUCUCUUAAUCUGGGCUACGUAAGUUUAAAACUGCCCCUCAGUUUCUGUGGUCUCACAAACCUUCAGAAACUCACGCUAAAUAUGGUAUCCAUCAGUGGAAGUGAUCUCCAGUGCCUGUUGCUGAGCUGUGCUCUUCUCGAGAGUAUAAGCAUAGAGCGGUGCUCCUCCUUCUCAAGUCUACGCAUACGACAGGAGCUGUACCGGUUGCAGUACCUGCGUGUGCGCCAUUGCAAACUGAAAAUGAUAGAGUUGUGUGCUAGAGUCUUACCAAAUUUGAGCUUGACGAGGAUCUGACGGAAAUUGUGCUCAUUCAAUGUUUGAAGUUGUCAGAGGCAACAUUCGUGUCAAACAUGAGAGAGCACUCAUUUGACAACUAUGGUUUCAGGUUCACCUUCACCGACCUUCCAACUGCCCUUCCUCAUGUGCAUAAACUAUUCCUACUUUUGAAUGUUGAUCAGGUGCCAAGAUUCACUGAAGCCCAGAGUAGGUUCAGCAACUUGAGGAAUCUGAACAUGAACCUUCUUGAUUACUAUUUUGAUCCAGAGGAUACUAGUUGGGUUUUGGGACUGGUUGAUCUCUUUUGAGCCAAACAUUAAUUAUGGUACUCCCUCCAAUCCAUAUUAAUAGUCACAACUUUAGUACGUAGAGUACAAAGUUGUA